AUGUCAACCUUCGUCGUUCCACAAAUUCGUUCUGAUAUUCCUCGUUCCUACACCUAUCCAAACACCACAACAAAACGUCGUCGAAAAGAUACAUUUGUUGAGCGAUUACUUAAGGAUCCAAUGCUCCAAACCAUGGCCGACAUCGGCAAGCAAGAAGGAACAAUUAGUCCUUUACCCGCUCCACAACGUGCUAGAACCAUAACCACUACAGAUUUCCAACAAUACUAUCGUCAAUUUCACAAUGGAAAUUUUGAUCAAUAUAUCAACUCUAUUCAAAGCAAAAUAUA